GCGCACAAACGACUGAUCCCAGACAUUUCGACGGAGUGGAGGAGGUCGGUUAUCCUUUAUCUCUUACUUAGUUGCUUAAUUACAGUAUCUUUAUAAUGGAUCUGGAAGGGGGCACUUACGAACCUGGUUUUGUGGGCAUCAGGUUCUGUCAGGAGUGUAAUAACAUGCUGUAUCCUAAAGAGGAUAAAGAAAACCGCAUCCUGCUCUACGCUUGCAGAAACUGUGACUAUCAACAAGAAGCCGAUAACAGCUGCAUCUAUGUGAACAAAAUCACCCAUGAGGUUGAUGAACUCACUCAGAUUAUUGCAGACGUGGCUCAGGAUCCAACACUGCCUCGGACGGAGGACCACCCUUGCCCAAAGUGUGGCCACAAGGAGGCGGUGUUCUUCCAGUCUCACAGCAUGAAGGCUGAGGAUGCCAUGAGGCUUUACUAUGUCUGCACUGCCCCACACUGCGGCCACAGAUGGACAGAAUGAGGAGGAUAAAGAUUAGACGUUCUUGUUCCAUCCCUGAACAUUAUUUCUCAGUUUAGGGAACGUCUGUUGUGGAGUGGAUGUGUUUUGUGGCUCCUAACACGAAAUAAAAGUGUGUAUAAAUAGUACAACAAAUAAAAAGGAAAACUCGUGGUAUUGAUGUGCAA